AGGAAGUAAGAUGCAGACCACACAGCUUAAUUUCUGUGCAUCAAAAAUUAUAUUUCACGCCUUUCCAGAGAUACUCCGUCUGUAAAGAAAGAGGAAUAAGGUGGAAUAUAAAGAGUCAAGUGUAACAGCUGAUAUUGACAAAAUAUUGCAGAAAUGAAGUGUAUUAAAGAGGAGAAAGAAGACUUGAGUUAUCCAGAGACAUGGAUAAUAAAACGUGAAGAUACAGAGGAACAAAGAGACUUGUUGCAAGUGAAAGAGGAAAGUCAAGAACUGAAUGACGUGGAGGAGAAUCAUCAGUAUGAUAAAUCUGAUAAUUUAAUAACUGGUGAAGAAUCGAUUGGUUGCCCACAGAGAGAAAACUAUUUCACACAGAAAAGAACUCGAAGAACAAGAGCCAAAACAAUAUUAACUUGUCCUCAAUGUGGAAAGAGUUUCACACAAAAAGGAGAUCUUGAAAGGCACCUGAGAAUUCACACGGGAGAGAAGACUUUCUCCUGCACUGAGUGUGGAAAGAGUUUCACUCAAAAAAUACACCUUAAGAGGCACCUGAGUCUUCACUCCGGAGAGAAGCCUUUCGCAUGCAUUCAGUGUGGAAACAAUUACACAGAGAAAGGACAGCUUGAGAUUCACAUGAGAAUUCACACUGGAGAGAAACCAUUUACCUGUCAUCAAUGUGGAAAGAGUUUUACACAAAAAGGAAGCCUGAAGUGUCACAUUAGAAUUCACACUGGAGAGAAGCCUUUCAUGUGCCAUCAGUGCGGAAAGAGUUUCACACAAGCAAGCCACCUCACGGUUCAUCAACAAUAUCAUUCUGGAUUAAAACCAUUUAACUGUGAUCAGUGUGGUAAAAACUUUAUGUGGGAAUCACAUCUAAAGGUACACCUGACAGCUCAUGCAAAUGAGAAGCCUUAUGUUUGUUCCUUUUGUGGAAAGAGUUUCAUUACAUCAGGACACCUGAAAACACAUGAGAGAGUGCAUACCGGAGAGAAGCCAUACCACUGCACUUCAUGUGGGAAGAGUUUUGCUCAGUCAGGUGGUCUACAGAAGCAUUUAAAAAGGCAUUGUUCAAAGUUGUUCUUGUGAGCAAAGUUCAUCUUCAGGGUCAACACUUACACUGGCAGCCAAAAGUUUGGAAUAAUGUACCGAUUUUGCUCUUGUGGAAAGAAAUUGGUACUUUUAUUCACCAAGAUGGCAUUAAACUGAUCACAAUGUACAGUCAGGACAUUAAUAAUGUGAAAAAUUAUAAUUAGAAUUAUUUUUUUCAGAACUUCUUAAACUACUUAAAAAGAGUAGUUUACCACAUGCAUCAAUGACAACUUUGCAGAUCUUUGGCAAAAGGACAGGAGGAGGGCUUCUACGACUUGGUUCAUAAUAAACUACAACCAAUAACUGUAAUUAAGUAGACGUGCAUAUUUUCAGAAUUUACCAGGUAUUCCAACUUCCUUGCUCACUUUCGUCCAAGCGAUGUCUUUUUUCGUCCAGUCUCUGUACAUGUAUGUCAUUGUGCCAUACAAUUCCGUGUGCUCACGCACUGCUAAAAAAAAUGUAAAUAAAUGUUUCCAGAUUUCUUUUGCUACUAUGUCAGUGACAUCCGGACAAUCUCAAUGCUGAUAGGCUUUCGUGACAAUGCGUCAUGUGGAUUUGAAGCGAUUUCGCCUGUUCGAGUCACACCAUUCACUUGAUUCGUGCCGCUCGAAAUGCUCACUUCACAAUGUAUAUGAACGCACCAUUAGAGCCAGUUGUCCUUUGUCUUUGAAGACUGUAGUGACACCUUUGUAUGAAAUCUUCAGUUUUUCUGCAAUUUCAAGCAUUGUAUAUCCUUCAUUCCUCAAAACAAUGAUUGACUGAUGAGUUUUUAAAGAAAUCUGUUUCUUUUUUCCAAUCUAUUACAUACUGUGGCAACUCAAAAACAAACUCAGACACAAUGUUAAGCUUCAUUAUGAACCAAAUUGUUUCAACUGUGUUUGAUAUAAUGGCAAGUGAUUUUCUAGUACGAUUAGCAUGAUUACUCAAGGAUAAGGUGUUGGAUUGAUGGCUGCUGGGAAUGGGGCCUGUCUGGAUUUGAUCAAUAAUUACUUUUUUCAGAUAGUGAUGGUGAUGUUUGUUUACAUCAGUAAUGUCCUGACUAUACUUUGUGAUCAGUUGAAUUAGGGCUGGGAUAAACGAUUAUUUUUUAAACGAUUAAUCUAGCGAUUAUUUUUUCGAUGCAUCGAUUAAUCUAACGAUUCAUUUUCCAGUCCGAUUCGAUUCGAUUAAUCGACUUGUGACAACACCGUUAAUACCGGUUUCAUCGGGGGUGGGGGUGUAUAAAAUGUAAAAAAAAAAAAAACAUUUGCCGGGAGUUUGAUUGACUGGCGAUCUGAUCAAUCAAUCAUGAUACGCCAUUUUUGUCCGACAAAGUAGUCAGGAGAGAGAAGAUUAGCGUCGGUGGAUUUGAAUAAUGGAUUGUAGGCUACUGUACUGACGUCUUUCCGCGGUUAAAACAACAGUCCUUCUGAUGUAGGCUACAUUCAUGUUUAGCCUAUUUGAUGCUAUAAAUUAACCAAGGAAAAGAUGAUCGGUUCACGAGCAGCUUUAACUGAGGCAAUCUGUCACGACACAUUAAAGAGCCACAAAAUAGUAGGCCUAUUUAUGGUUUAAUUUUGUUUGAAUGACCAAAUUUGAAAGUUGAGACUUUAUUAAAUGUUACCUGCUUGGUCCUGUCUGUCAGCGCGUUGUCAGUGUCCUCUAUGUAUUUUUCACGACAUUCAUAGCUAUAAGCGCAUUAUUAAUAGCUAUAAGCGAAAACUUUAGGUGUCGACAACGUAUUAUAUAUAGCCUACUCCAACAUCGAGUGCAAAGUGGGGAGUUGAAAAAAACUUACGGUGCUCUGUCAUCUGCGGCUGCUCCCGGGUGGCGCUAGAAUGGAAGGCCAUCUCCAUUUUGGAGACGACAUAUCACGGAAUUGUUUCCUUUUAAAUUAAAUAAUUCCCAUACUUUAGAGGAACGAGUGCAUGCCGCCUUGCACUUCUAUAGUCUGAGGAUCCACUCGUGUUGGCGCCGGCGCCGGCGCCGCCAUCUUUGUUUUGGGUCUGACAAUUCGACGCGCAUAUUUUGCGUCGACGUCAUCCCAGCCCUAGUGCUGGUACAUUGCCGUGGUGCUAGAAUGGAAGGCCAUCUCCAUUUUGCAAAGACGACAUAUCACAUAAUUUUUUCCUUUUAAAUUAAAGAAUUCCCAUACUUUAGAUGAACGAGUGCGUGCCGCCUUGCACUUCUGGUAGUCUGAGGAGCCACUCGUUUUGCUUCUACUCUCCGGCGCCGCCAUCUUUGUUUUGGUCUGACGAAUCGACGCGCAUAUUUUGCGUCGACGUAUUUUUUGCGUCGACGUCAUCGAUUACGUCGACGCGUCGUCCCAGCCCUAAGUUGAAUGUCUCUUUUGUGAAUUAAAGUACCUAAUUUCCAUCUGAAACAGCAAAAUCUGUACAUUAUUCCAGACUUUUGGCUGCCAGUGUAAUUAAAGCAUCAUUACACUAUUGUAAUGUAACACAACUUCAGUCAGAUCACUAGAUCUGCUUGCUGUAGUUAAAAAUAAUCAAACCAAUAAAAUAACAUAAAGACACAUUAGAUAUGGACAGAAAAAUGCCAUUAAAUGCAUAUAAAUGAUAGGGCUGGAAGAUUGUGAGUUCUCGCCGUCAGUCAUCUGGGAGCACGUUGUAAGAACGAUGUUGUCUAUGAAAACGCUGCAUAGGAUCUAAGACUAUCUCAGAGUGCGUAUGCAAAUAAUGUUAAUUGUCAUGUGUGUCAUAAAUCAGUACAGUAAGUUUUCUUGAAUUUGUAUGUUUCAACAAUUAUCAUUAUGAUAAUAGUAAUGGCCUCUGGUAAUAUAUAUUUUAUAUUCUAAAAUAACAAUUAGUUUGAUAAAUUAUAUAUUGUAUAUAUUUAUUUUUUGAAUACAAAUGGACUUAAUACAGCCUUAUGGGUUCCUUUGCGCCAACUAGUCGCCUAGCUCAGACAAGGCACUGACUGGUCGAUUAGUAGUUUUAAAUUGGUGGUUUUGCACAUUCCUACCUUUUACCUGCAAAUGAUAUAUUACAGAGUGUAAACAUUGGUCAUUUCAGACACAAGGUUUUUUUUUUUUUUUUUUUUUUUACUUUUUAAUAAGUUAAAACAUCAACAAUAAAUAUCGAAUCGGCUUGGACAUAUCAUUGUAAUAUCGAAUUGGGGGUCUGUGGCAAUUCCCAGCCUUAAAAAAUGACCUUGUACAAAAUUACCUAUAGGCAUUUCAUUAAAUAUCGAGAAUUUGGUUAUUGAUCGGCAUAAUAUUUUAUCAAUACAUUUUUUAACCAUCGAUAUAUUAACAGCCAACGUUUUAAUUAGAAACGUAAUUUGUGUGCUUUCAAUUCACUGCCAGUUUCAUUCCAUUCGAUAUAAGUCUGACAUAAUAGCUUUGGGAAGCCACAAUGGGCGACAUAACAUUUACUGACUAUGGUCGCAAUGUGGAAAAGGCAACACACACACAUAUUACGAGCUGAUGGCAGUCAAAAGUUCCGAAGGUUGUUGAACUUUAGAAUUAACAAAUUGUUAUUGAUGAGUUUGCAGGUAAGUGUAUGAAACUGAACGAUUAUAAAAGGUGACGUUUAUUAUGCAUUUUUCCUGUAUGUAGCAUUGAAUAGAUCUUUCAUUCAAGCUGUCAAACCACAAAAAGACAUACUUGCUACUGAAAACAGAUUGUGCAGGCUAUAUGAAAAAUACUUAUAUAUCAUCCAGUUAUGACUAGAGUAAAUAAUCUAUGUCCUUAGAUAAUGAUGUGGGUCGAAGUUAAUGGAAAACUCUGCAUGUUGAGCGCUGUGGCACUGUAGAAUAUUAAACAGCUUCUUAAAACAUGAUAUGAAACAAUUAUCUUCUUUACAAUUUCUUACAAACAGUUCUAGUACUUGAAGAGAAACAGAUGUAUCUCACUGAACAAGAGAGUAUCAUGAAAGUGGAAUUUUGUUUUAAUUAACUUACUAGCUAUUACCUGUGUCAACAACCAGUAAAAAGAGCCUUUCUUCAGCAGAGAACUGCAUCACUACUGCUAUCAGCAUGACCUGGAAAACAUAUCUAACUAUAAGAGAUUCUUCCUGAAAGUAUAGUUUGAACUUUUGCAUGUGUCUUGGAGAAAAUAAUAGACUGGAAUUUUGAUUGAUGUCACAAUUUUGCAAUGAUAAAAUGUGAAGAAGAAAAAAACGAUUGGAAAGACAAAGCAAAAUAACACAAUACUCUCUAAUCUUGUCACUGUUACAAUAUUGUUUAGCCAAAAGAUAGUGCUUUUUAGUUAUUGUAAGGGGGAGCUGCAGUUAUACAGCUAGAGAGGCGGUUUUAUAAACAUGGCUACAUGAGUUUAAGUAUUACAUCAUUCAACACAAUGCCAGCAGAAAACCUUCCCAUAAAGCAAUGAUGUUUGAAAUGUAAAGAUGUGCAAAUCACAUCCUGUAUCAUUGAAGUCAACACAAAUUGCAGUGUUACAAAACUUAAAGAAUGUGUGUGAGCAGAGAGCAUGAUGAGUGAUUUGUUUUAAGAUGAAUCUCAGACUCUUUUUAAGUACAGAAGUAAACAUGUUAGUUACAAUAUAAAGUGCAAGAGAGACAAAUGUUCAGCAGAAAGGUGAUGCAAAUAUACACAAGUGUAUUUGCUUUGUUGUAUUAUUGAUGAUUUAUUGGUGUCAAAUUGAGGUAGUAGUCCACUUUGAAUAGAGCUUUUAAUAGUAGCUACUAAUGUGGUUGUCUUCUCUCUGAUUCUAACAGCAAAAACUUUUGUUCACUUAAGUCAAACCUCUGCUGAUUAUCCUUCAGGGCUUGUUUUAUUAAUGCAGUGGUGGAGCCAGGAUUGUUAUACAGGGACAACCAAUCAAUCAUUCUGGGACGGCACUUAAAAAAUCAUUUAUACAAAUGCAAAAACCUUAAAACUGUGCUGCUUUAGGUGCCAGUCAUCUAUAAUUAAUUGUACUUGUUUGCAAUUAAAGGAAUAUUC